AUGAGACCAUGGAAAUCUCUUUUGGUACCGUCGUUGCAAUUUUUCCGACGUUACAACCAGAUUACGUCCAAAACAACAGAGUCUCUGCAGAAAAGACUGGACCAGAUCCCGCUGGAGAACUAUAGGAAUUUCUCGAUUGUGGCACACGUAGACCACGGGAAAUCUACCCUCAGCGAUCGUCUGCUAGAAUUGACAGGCGUAAUUAAAGCUGAUGACGCAAGCAAACAGUUUCUGGAUAGAUUGGAAGUCGAGCGCGAGCGUGGCAUAACAAUCAAAGCUCAAACGUGCACCAUGUUUUACUACGACAAACGCAGCAAAAAGGACUAUUUGUUGCACUUAGUCGACACGCCGGGCCACGUCGAUUUCCGUGCAGAGGUGUCUCGGUCAUAUGCGUCUUGUGGAGGCGCCUUAUUGCUCGUGGAUGCUUCUCAGGGCGUCCAGGCUCAGACUGUAGCUAACUUCUAUCUGGCUUACAGCAUGAACCUCAAACUCAUACCGGUCAUCAACAAGAUUGAUCUUGAUAGUGCAAAUAUCCCGCAGGCAGAGGCGCAAAUUGAGAGUACAUUUGAGCUGCCGAAAGACGAGAUUGUGCGCGUCAGCGCCAAGACCGGUGUCAAUGUCAAAAAGGAACUUUUACCCGCGAUUGUCGAUCGAAUUCCACCUCCCACGGGACUAAUUAUAAAACCGUUCCGUGCCCUGCUGGUAGAUUCAUGGUACGAUUCGUAUCUAGGUGUGGUGCUUCUUGUCAACAUAGUGGAUGGCUUGGUCAAAAAGGGCGACAAGGUAAUAAGCGCUCAAACUGGCAAAAAAUACGAAGUCAAAGAAUUGGGAAUUAUGUAUCCUGAUAAGGUUCCCAUGGAUAGACUCAAGACUGGCCAAGUCGGAUAUCUUGUGCUGGGAAUGAAGGCUUCCAAAGAUGCUAAAAUUGGUGACACAAUCAUGCAUCUGGGAAAGGAAAACGUCACUGAGGUAUUGGAUGGAUUUGAAGAGCUUAAACCAAUGGUUUUUGUUGGUGCUUUUCCCGCUGAUGGCACGGAAUUCAAGAGCUUGGAUGACGAUAUCAGUCGGCUGAUUUUAAACGACAGAUCUGUGUCACUGCAGCGAGAGUCAUCUAAUGCUUUGGGUCAAGGCUGGAGACUAGGUUUUCUUGGAUCACUUCAUGCCUCGGUUUUCAAAGACCGUUUGGAGAAAGAGUAUGGGUCUAAAUUAAUUAUUACUCAACCGACUGUGCCCUACGUCAUUAAGUUUACGGACGGUCAAGAGAAGACUAUCACAAAUCCUGACGACUUCCCAGAUCUGUCUCUAAGAAAGACUCGAAUUCAUUCGCUACAAGAGCCUUAUGUUGAGGCUAUAAUCACGCUUCCUCAAGAGUAUCUUGGUCCAGUCAUCAAACUGUGCGACCACAAUCGAGGGAUUCAAAAGGAGAUCACUUACUUGAAUGUUACAGGGCAGGUGCUGUUAAAGUAUGAGCUACCCUUAGCUCAUUUGGUAGACGACUUUUUUGGCAAGCUGAAGUCCGUUUCCAGAGGGUACGGCUCUUUGGAUUAUGAAGACAUUGGCUACAAGCCUUCUGAUAUCGUCAAACUGGAAUUGGUGCUGAACGGGAAAAGCGUAGACGCUCUGGCACAGGUCAUGCAUAGGAGUCAGGUCGAUAAGGUAGGUCGAGAAUGGGCCAAAAAAUUCAAGGAAUACGUCAAGUCCCAGCUAUACGAAGUAAUCAUCCAAGCGAAAGCCAAUAACAAAGUGAUUGCCAGAGAAACCAUCAAGGCCAGGAGGAAAGACGUACUUGCCAAAUUGCACGCAGCAGAUGUAUCUCGAAGGAAAAAGCUGCUGGUGAGACAGAAGGAGGGGAAAAAACAGAUGAAAAGCGUUGGUAACAUCCAAAUCAACCAGGAGGCCUACCAAGCUUUUUUGAAAAGAUAA